CGUCUAUGAUGUAACGCCGCCACCACCACCACCACCACACCGUACACGUUACGAAGAGUAACGACCACCACACCGUACACGUUUCGAAGAGUAAUUGUUCAUUAUCAUCCAUUCGUUUCCGGAGAGACCGAGAGGGAGGGGAUAUGGAGAAAGAUACCUGCUUCAUCAUUGUCGUCUUACUCUGCAUCUCUGCACUCUUCAAGCCCCUUUUCAAUCUUAUUUUCGUCUCUUCUUCCUCUUCUAUUAACUACUUCAAGGAGCGGAAGAAGAAGAAGCUCCCUCCAGGACCCCCUAGCAUUCCGGUGAUAGGAAACCUCCUAUGGCUGCUGAAGUCAUUCUCCGAGAUCGAACCAAUACUCCGGGACCUCAGGGUCAAGUACGGCCCUCUCAUCACCCUGGAGAUUGGGUCUCGGCCGGCCAUAUUCGUGGCUAGCCACUCAAUCGCUCAUCAAGCCCUCAUCCAGAAUGGCGCCGUUUUCUCUGACCGCCCAAGGGCCCUGGCCACCAGCAAAAUCAUGAGCAGCAACCAGCACAACAUCAGCUCAGCCGCCUACGGCUCCACCUGGCGCCUCCUCCGUCGCAACCUCACCUUUGAGAUCCUCCACCCCUCCCGGGUCAAGUCCUACUCUCCCGCCCGUCGUUGGGUCCUUGGAAUCCUAAUUAAUGGCCUCCUCAAAUCUGCCCAAUCGGAAUCGGUGGUGAGGGUGGUUGACCAUUUCCAGUACGCCAUGUUCUGCCUGUUGGUCCUCAUGUGCUUCGGUGACAAGCUCGAUGAAAAUCAAAUCAAACGUGUUGAGACCGUACAACGCCGUUUGCUUUUGAGUUUCAACCGAUUUAACAUUCUCAACUUCUGGCCGAAACUGGGAAAGAUUUUGUUUCGCAAACGAUGGAAAGAGCUCUUGCAGCUGCGCCAGAACCAGGAGGACAUAUUGAUCCCUCUUAUCAAAUCUCGAAUAAGAGCAAAACAAGAGCAACAUAGCGAAGAGAAUGAGGGAAGUAAGGCUGAUGGUGAUGAGCAAGUGGAGGGCAUGGUGGCGUACGUGGACACUCUGGUAAAUCUGCAGCUGCCGGAAGAGAAGAGGAAGCUCAACGACGGGGAGAUGGUGAGCCUGUGCAGUGAGUUUCUAAGUGCCGGCACUGACACCACGUCAACUGCUUUGCAGUGGAUCAUGGCCAAUUUGGUGAAAUACCCUCACGUUCAGGCCAAGCUCUACGGAGAGAUCUCCAGCGUUGUGGGAUCACCGCCAGCCCCACCAUCCUCCAAAAAAGGGGAGGGAAAGGGAGAAGAGACGAUGAGAACCGUGGAGGAGGAGGAUCUGCAGAGGAUGCCAUACCUGAAAGCGGUGGUGUUGGAAGGUCUGAGGCGUCACCCACCGGGGCACUUCGUGCUUCCUCACUGUGUGACGGAGGAGGUCGAAUUAGAGGGUUAUGUGGUGCCAAAGAAUGCCACAGUGAAUUUCAUGGUGGCCGAAAUGGGUUGGGACUCAGAGGUGUGGGAUGAUCCCAUGGGGUUCAAACCCGAGAGGUUCUUGACUGCUGCUGCCACUGCUAUUGUCACUGAUGAAAUUCAUGGCAAAAGCAGCAAGGACGGAGGAGGCGGGGAAGCAACAGCAACUUUAGAUAUAACGGGCAGCAGAGCCAGAGAGAUCAAAAUGAUGCCAUUUGGUGCGGGAAGGAGGAUAUGUCCUGCCUCUGGUUUGGCUUUGCUUCACUUGGAAUAUUUCGUGGCCAAUUUGAUUUGGUACUUUAAAUGGGCGGCUGCUGGGGGAGAGGAUGGCGACGACGUUGAUCUAUCAGAGAAGCAAGAGUUCACUGUCGUCAUGAAACAUCCACUUCAGGCUCGGAUUACACCCAGAGACGAAUGCUACGCCUAAUACUUAUAUGAACACAUAAUACUUCAUAUAUGUGUUCUUAAAUAUUGAUCUACUCGUGUCCUAUCCUAUGUGUGAUUAUGAUCUGUUGUUGUAAUGUAACUUUAAUUUUGGAUUUUAACAUGUAUGGUGGUUUAUAUUAUACAAUACAAAAGUUAGGCCUACUUAAUCUUUGCUUGCUCAGUUGCCAUUAUGCUUUAAUUCUGGAAUUGGUUGGUAGUUGGAUUGGAAAGGUUUUUGCCAUCCCGCCUUCUU